AUGGAAUCCCCCUCGGAUGGUCCCAGGUCAUCAGGAGAUUUUAAGAAUGGAGCUCAUCCUUCCCAAGAUGAAUCACCAGGCGGCAAAAAGCGCAAGAUGAAUGAAGGUCAAGGCAAGGCAAACGACAGUCAACAAUCAUCGUCCGGUCCUCUCUCAAAGCGCCAGCGGAUGCAGGAGCGACAUCAAGCACGCAAGCGUGGCCGGACGCCGCCUUCAGUCUUCUCGCGACGCGACCGCUCUCGUAGCCCGAUCAACUCUACAUCACACGACGCUCCAUCUGCACGGGUUCGAUCGCCACUACAGCCUCCCUCGCCGCCCCAGGAAGAAGCACCCCGACAGCGCAAAAGACCUGGUGGCGGCGCACGCCUGGGUAUAGCUGACCGCGAGACGAUCCGACGAAGACAGGAAGAGCGUGAACGCGAAUAUGAGGAGGAUUUAAACCGCAUGUCUCGAGACCGUGGUGUCACCGAUGUCGUCCGACAGCACUACAAUGCCGUACCACAGCGAGGUCGAGAGUGGCGAAAGACUGAGAGCAAGAUCAAGGGCCUCCGAAGCUUCAACAACUGGGUCAAAAGCACCUUGAUUCAAAAGUUCUCACCCGAUGAAGAAUUCACUGCGCGUUUCAAUGACACCAAGGACUGGGCCAAUGACAGUACCGGCCCGCCGCCAAUGGAUAACAAGGGGCUACUUGUGCUGGACUUGGGAUGUGGCAAGGGUGGUGAUUUGGGCAAGUGGCAGCUGGCUCCGCAGACAGUGGAACUCUACGUGGGACUUGACCCUGCCGACGUCUCUAUCGAACAAGCACGCGAUCGGUAUCUCCAAAUGCGAUCUGGUCGGGGUCGUGGCCGCCGUCCGCCCCAGUCUCUCUUUCAUGCGGAGUUUUCUACGAAGGACUGCUUCGGAGAAUCAUUGGGCGAUAUCAACAUCGUCAAGCAGGUAGGAAUUGAUCUCAAUGUGGGGCCUGGUGGCUCUAUGAUGGCUUCCCGAUGGGGAGGCGGUGGCUUCGACGUGGUAACAUCGAUGUUUGCCAUUCACUACGCCUUUGAAAGCGAAGAGAAAACCCGCCAGAUGCUCAGCAACGUGGCAGGCUGUCUCAAGAAAGGCGGUCGGUUUAUCGGAGUGUGCCCUAACUCGGAUAUGAUUUCCAGCCGUGUCAUCGCAUAUCACAAGAAGCGCAAGGAGAACGAGGCUGCCAAGCCUGCAGAGCCAGAGGCACCGGAAGAUGGUGAAGUCCAGGAGGAGGAUCGGGCUGAAUGGGGAAACGAUAUCUACGGCGUCCGGUUCCCUGGACAGACACCCGAGGACGGUGUAUUCCGCCCACCUUUUGGAUGGAGGUAUACCUACUUCAUGCGAGAGGCAGUCGAAGAGGUUCCUGAAUACGUUGUUCCUUGGGAAGCAUUCCGAGCCUUGACCGAAGAUUACAACUUGGAACUGCAAUAUCGCAAGCCUUUCUUGGAUAUCUGGGAAGAGGAGAAGAAUGAUCGGGACUUGGGACCGUUGAGUGAACGCAUGGGUGUUCGUGACCACGCAACUGGUGCAUUGGCGAUGACGGAGGAAGAGAAAGAGGCUGUCAGCUUCUAUCACGCAUUCUGCUUCUACAAGGUCUAG